GUUUCAAAUGUGCAACCAAAGUCCAAGUGUCAUCGGCAUCCUGAUGUUCGCGUUUAUCUUUCAACAGUUGUUUCAAGGAGAUUAUGAGCAGACUCGGACUUUUGUUCUAUUCUGGCCGUCAGCUAUGAUAAUUUAUAUGCUCUUUCAUAUAGGCUAUUCUAUUCUUAAGAAAUAUUUAGGGGUUUCAGCCUACCUCUUGUUUAUUGCUACAGGCUACUUACUAGUAGCAGGCCUCUUCUUCAAUUUCACGAUGGCUAAUGAAUAUAUGGAUGAUAAGAAUGAGUCGACUUAUUUCUGGAUAGUAGAAGGGCUCAGUCUGGUAGUUUCAAUCAGAUUUAUAUAUCUGGUGCUCAGGAAAUGAACUGGAAAUAGAGUUAACGAACUUGAUACAAAUUUAGAAGUUGAUGAAAGAAAUUAUUUCGAACAAAUUCCCUAUAUAAUUUAUCAACCAUUCACCUCCUUGAAAUCUGAUGAGUGAUCUAUCUGAUUGACAAAGUAUGAACAGGAUGAUACUAUCAAAGUAAUGCCUGUGUGUUUUCAUACGUUCCAUUCUCAAUGAAUCAGAGAGUGGCUCGAAAAUAACUCAACAUGACCUUUCUGAAGACGGGAAUUUACUCAAUCAGAAAUUCAAAAGGCAGAAAGAAUGAAUGAGCAAGAGAUUUAUGAAUCUAUCAAAGUGAGCGAUAUACGGCCAUCAAUAUUCAGCAAGCCUGAGAGAAAGGAUCCAAGGGACUCUCUUAACAUCCCAUAUGAUCCUAACUACAAAGGUUAA